UUGGACCGGUUUCAUGGCUCCAGGAUGGAGGGGUUCCUGUCCACGUUCCCGCCGUACCUUGCCCUCGGACCAGCUCAGGACUGCGGCUGGGCAAAGAGAGAGGGCCGCUUCAUGACCCCUCAGGGCCUCAACUACCUGGAGCUCUGCAAGGCCAUCCUGUCGCAGGUAAACCCGGGUCUGCCUCCUCAGUUCAGGAGGGCCAACACUAAAGAGUGCGGGGUGCAGGUCAACGCCAAAGUGGAUCAAAUCGUGCAGUGCUCUCUGGGACCCAAAACGCUGCAGUGCCUGGAGGGAGACCAUCCUCCUACACCUUCUAAGUCCCCUAAAACCCCGGAUCUGUUCAAACCGGACGGGAAGGCGCAGUGCUUCACACCUCCAGUCAGCAACCUGCGCUUCAUGAGACCAGUCUCCAUCUAUUCCCCCGUGUUUGACCGCAGGAUCCUCCUGAAGAAGCUCGGGGAGGAUGGAGGAAGUGACGGAGAGGCUGAGGCUGAGGAGCAAGACCCUGAGAAGGAGGUGAAGACUGAGCACUGCUGCGAGGACCCAGUGAAGGACUACAAGAGUGCUUUCAACAGGUCUGCAAAGGGGUCUAACUUUCAGUUCCUGGAGCAGAGGUAUGGAUUUUUCCACUGCAAGAAAUGUAACAUCCGGUGGGAGAGUGCUUAUGUGUGGUGCAUCUCGGGAACCAGUAAGGUGUACUACAAGCAGCUCUGCCGGAAGUGUCAAGUGGGGUUUAACCCCUACAGAGUGGAGUCCAUCCUCUGCAAGGGCUGCUCUCAGACUUGCUGCACCUGUGAGAAGAAGCAGAGGCACAUCAACAUGAAGAGGCCUCACCGCCAGGACCUGUGCUGUCGCUGCAAGGGCAUGAGGCUGUCCUGUGACGCCACCUACAGCUUCAAAUACAUCGUCUGAGCCGCACCGCACGACCGGCAGAGACAUCGCUCCUGCACAUGUCGGGGAGUGGAAGUUGCCUCCGGUGAAAAGACUCAAAGGGAUUUUCUUUUUUACUCUCCCAAACAGGAAGUAGAUGAAUCUCUAUAUGAGUUGUUUAUUUGAAGCAACUUCUCACCACCUGCCUUUGUUUCUCUCCAGUGAUCCUGGUGCUUUACAUGAAAACUGUUGUUCUGAGAAACAAAUAAAUGAUAUGAAUGAAAAAUGCA